GCAGAGACUUGCAGCAUCAUUUCACAGCGGCAACGUUAUCAUCACAUUGGGUGUAUGCGCUUACGAGCUUUACGAAAAUAGAGAACUGCACUAGGUUCGUCUAUUCAGGGAACCACCGUGCGAAGAGAGCAAGACUGGAAGGGGAUCUUACGGUAUUGACCCUGAUGAUGAUGAGGAUGAUGAUGCUGAUCAGUGGAGGAUCCAUCGUCAGUGCUGAAGCCGUCUGGGAUCAUGUCACCAUGGCCGACAGGGAGCUGGCAUUUAAGGCAGGGGAUGUCAUCAAGGUCCUGGACGCGUCCAAUAAGGACUGGUGGUGGGGCCAGAUCGAUGAUGAGGAGGGAUGGUUCCCUGCCAGCUUUGUGAGGGUUGAAUCUCACCCAUCCCAACCUCAAACAAAACAGGUUUUCUAUAUCAACCCUAUAGCAGCUUCACGGUUCCAAAACACAACGACCAAGCUGUGGGUGAACCAGGAGGAGAGCUCGGUGGUGGAGGCCGUGGAGGGGCCAAGCGAGGUCCAGAACGGCCACGCGGAGGCCAGCCCCAGCAGCGACUGCCUCUGCCUGGGCCAGCCCGCGCAGAACCGUGACCAGAUGAGGGCCAACGUCAUCAACGAGAUCAUGAGCACCGAACGCCACUACAUCAAACACCUGAAGGACAUCUGUGAGGGUUACUUUCGACAAUGCAAAAAAAGAAGAGACAUGUUUAACGAUGACCAGUUGAAAGUCAUAUUCGGGAACAUUGAAGACAUCUACAGAUUCCAGUUGGGGUUUGUUCGAGACUUGGAGAAGCAGUACAACACGGAGGAACCCCACCUCAGCGAGAUAGGCCCCUGCUUCCUGGAGCACCAAGAUGGCUUCUGGAUAUACUCAGAGUACUGCAACAACCACGUGGACGCCUGCAUGGAGCUGUCCAGACUGAUGAGGGACGGACGCUACCAGCACUUCUUCGAGGCUUGUCGCCUGGUCCAGCAGAUGAUCGACAUCGCCAUCGACGGCUUCCUGCUCACUCCGGUCCAGAAGAUCUGCAAGUACCCUCUGCAGCUGGCCGAACUGCUAAAGUACACCGUCCAGGACCACAGCGACUACCGUUAUGUUGCGGCAGGUCUGGCAGUCAUGCGGAACGUCACACAGCAGAUUAACGAACGCAAGCGUCGCCUGGAAAACAUCGACAAGAUGGCCCAGUGGCAGGCGUCUGUUCUGGACUGGGAGGGGGAGGAUCUCCUGGACAGGAGUUCGGAGCUUGUCUACACCGGGGAGUUGUCCUGGAUCUACCAGCCCUAUGGGAGGAGUCAGACAAGGGUUUUCUUCCUGUUCGACCACCAGAUGGUGAUGUGUAAAAAGGAUUUAAUACGAAGAGACAUUUUGUACUACAAGGGCCGCAUUGACAUGGACAGGUACCACGUUGUGGACGCGGUGGAUGGGCGAGACGACGACUUCAACGUGAGCGUGAAGAACGCCUUCAAGCUGAGUAACAAAGACUCAGACGAAAUCCACAUCUUCCUGGCCAAGAAGCUGGAGGAGAAAGUUCGCUGGCUCAGAGCAUUUCACGAGGAGAGGAAAAUGGUGCAGGAAGAUGAAAAAAUAGGGUUCGAGAUAUCUCAAUAUCAGAAGAAGCAGGCUGCCAUGACAGUGCGAAGAAUGACCAAACAGAAAGGCCAGAGAUCGGUGCCCCCUGCGUACCCUCCCCCUGGUGAUCCCAUGAACCCAGGACAGUACCUGGUAGCAGAUGGCCUGGCACAAUCAGAUGUCUUUGAAUUCAAUGAACCUAAAAGGAGCCAGUCACCUUUCUGGCAGAACUUCAGCAGGUUAACCCCGUUUAGGAAAUAAGAGACGAUUCUGCAAGACCAACUUAUUUUUGAGAAGCACGGUUGUCAUGGAAACCGGACACGAAAGGAUGGACCGGAAGUAUUUUGGAUUUUUGGAAACAUUUAGCUUGUGAACAUCGUACUGAUGACUGUACUGUUCUAAUCACUUUACCCGUAUGACUGCAAGUAGCAACUGCUCCACCACAAAGAUCGAUGACCUUCGGAAACCGACAGAAAACCAAAACACCCUCCCCUUAACCUGUGGGAAUGUUGUUCAUGACCUCUGUCUGUGGACAUGAUUAGGGAACUGUGGUGAACCACAAAACACAAGUGUCCACGUGUAAAAAUGAGGAAGCACUCUUCAUCAACUUAUCUUUAUGCCAAAAUUGGUUGUGUCCUACAGUUCACUGUGACCUUAAUGGGCAUUUUAUGAGUUCUCGUUUUUCUUUCUCGUAGAGGUUAGCAUUGAAGAUGCCGGCCAAAUUAAACACUCUUAUUGUUUCUGUAAAUAUUAUUUUCCUCCCCAUCUAGAAUCAGUGUUUUAUUUACAAUGCAUGACAACUCUCCAUUGCAGGUAUUCUUUGUGCAAUUAUAUUCGUACGGGUCUAAGAAAAUAGAAUUAGCAUCAUCGACUUCAAUUAUGACAUCUUAUACUGUUGACAGGGUACUCAUGGUGUAUAUAUUUUGCUGACAGACAGGGACCAUCCUGUGUUGUCCUGUGAAUGGUCUCUUUAACCAGUUACACCACCAAGACAGCAGAGUCAGUUAGUGAAGUUAUGAUUUAUUAAUCUCUCAUAAAUUGCAUAUUGCUUUAAUGACUAGGACCGAGAGCUUUUCUGGGCCAUGAAAAACUAUUUUUGGGCUUGUCACAGUCAUGUUGAGAUAGUUGCAGUUCUCCGAAAUGCACCUCUAAUUUCAUAAGAGGGAAUAUAUGGCUAUAAUGCACUUCAGCCAACCAAAUUAGCCAUUCAACAACGAUACUUCUGUCUUAAGAGUUUGAAUGAAAACAUGAAAACACACAAUACACUCUGGGCCUUGAUGGUCCAAGUCAACAAGUUCCUUACCUAGGAGCUAUAUUUUUAUGUGAAAUUCAUCCUUGAUCUUGAAAGUGAACGAAUAACAAACUACUACUUUUAUUCAAAAAAUUACAAUACAACAUGUCAGUUGUCCUAUUCCAGGGAUAGUUGAAGUGGCGCCAGCACAAUGUGAUGACAUCCUGAUUCUAUGCCUGUCAUAGCAGUUUAAAGCCUUCACUUUGAUGCUUGCCUAAAGGCUGAAAUGACACGGCAAAUUCUAAUCUUUAAGGGUUGUUAGGCAUUUGAAUAAAAUGUCUCACGUUUCAAAGUUUUAGCAGAAUUUCACAUAGAGGAUGCAAUUUAAUUGCUCAAGCUGGUUAUCGUUCUCUAUAUUUAUAUCCAAGGGGACAAAUCAAUUUUUAAAAGGAUAUUUAUAUGCCUCAAAAAUGAUAUAAGAUGUUAGAUUGCACUGGAUAUAUUAAAAAAGUGCAGUAUGAAAGUGUGCAGUAAUAUUGAAGGACAAAGAGCUUUGAUUAUUAAGUUAAGUAUCUUAAACUGAUGUAUGAAUUGUCAUUAAUUUAUAAUACAUGAAUUGUAACAAUGGAAACAAAUGCUUAAGUACUGUAUCUGAAUUGUUAAGUUGUUAAUUUUUUUGUUUGUUUUAUCAAUGAUCAUGGACGAUCUAUAAUUUAUUCUGUGACUAUGGCUUGGAAUAAAUUGAAACACAUCGA